AUGUCGAAUGGUGAAAAGGUAAUUAGGCCAUGGCUCAUAUAUUCAAUAAAAAUGGAUGUCGUGUUUUGUUUUUCAUGUCGGUUGUUUCCAAAUCCUAAGAAUAAAACUAGUUUUACUGAUGGCUUCAAUGAUUGGAAACAUUUAUCUGAACGAAUAAAAAGUCACGAUUCUUCAAUUUAUCAUAAAAAGUCUAAUCAACAAUGGUUGGAAUUAUCAUGGCGUAUUGAUAGCGGGUUUACCUUAGACAAUGAACUUCAAAAAGAAAUUCAAACAGAAAAAGACCGUUGGAGAACAGUACUGAAAAGAAUAAUAGCUUGUAUUAUUUAUCUUGCUCGACAAAAUGAUGCAUUCAGAGGAAAAAACUGCACCAUUUAUACCAAAUCAAAUGGUAAAUUUCUUAAACUUAUUGAAAUGAUAGCAAGUUUUGAUAAUCCUAUGGCUGAACACUUGCGAAAUAUAAAAAAUAAAGAAAUCCAUCAACAUUAUUUGGGACCCAGGAUACAAACUGAAUUAAUACACUUGAUUGGAAGUAAAAUAAGAACAGAAAUUGUAACACGUAUUAAAAAAGCAAAAUAUUACACUAUUAUGCUUGAUGGAACUCCUGACGCAUCUCACAAGGAACAAUUAACGUUAAUAAUUAGAAUUGUACAGAUAAAUAAAACUUCUAAUAAUGUUAAAGUUUCGGUGGACGAAUAUUUUAUAAACUUUUUACAUAUAACUUUGAAAACAGGACUAGGAUUAUUUGAUGUUUUAAAGCAAGAGUUAUCAAAUUUAGGUAUAUGUUUAUCAAAUUGUCGUGGCCAAGGCUAUGACAAUGGUGCAAAUAUGGUUGGACAUAAACAAGGAGUACAGGCUAGAAUUUUGAAUGAAAAUCCUAGAGCAUUGUUCUUGCCAUGUUGUGCUCAUUCAUUAAAUCUCUUAUUAGGAGAUAUGGCAAAUUGUAUACCACAAGUUAUGACAUUUUUUGGAGUGAUCCAAAGGUUGUACACUUUAUUUUCUGCUUCAACAGAGCGAUGGGAAAUUUUGAAAAAGUAUUUAAAAUGUUUAACUUUAAAACCGUUGUCUGAGACUCGAUGGGAGUGUAGAUUAGAAUCUGUAAAGGCGGUGAAAAUGCAACUCAAAGAAAUAAAUGAAGCACUAGUAGAAGUAAGUGAAUCUACAAAAAUACCAGCAAUUAAAAGUGAAGCUAUUUCUCUUGCUGAACAUGAAAUGUCCUAUGAAUUUGUGCUAAGCCUAAAGGAGUUUUUUAUUAAAAAUCGAGAAAAUGGAUUUAAUGAAGCAAAAGAAGAAGCUAUACAUAUUUGUAAACAAAUCGAUAUAAUACCACAGUUUAAACCUAAAAGAAAAAGUUUGAAGAAAAAAAUGUUUAGUUAUGAAAGUUCUCCCAUACCAUGUUCAUCAAAUGAAGAAGAAUCUUUUGUCAAUAAUUUUUUUUUACCAAUAUUAGAUCAAGGAAUUGUAUCAAUAAAUCAAAGAUUCACUCAAUUAGAUAAUUUUCACAAUUAUUUUGGAUUUCUCUUUGAUAUUGGUAAUUUAUCUACUGUUGAUUCAGAUACAUUGUUAAAAAGUUGUCAAGAUCUACAGAUCCUCUUACAAAUUGGUGAAAACAUGGACAUAAGUGGAGCUGAAUUGUAUGAUGAACUUUGUCUUCUUUCAGAAAUAAUAGAAAAAGGUACUUCACCUCUUCAAGUUUUACAAAAAAUUCUUGGCAAUAGUGUUGGUAAUAUUUAUUCUAAUGUUGCUAUAGCAUUAAGGAUUAUGCUUACAUUACCAGUAACAACAGCAACAGCCGAGAGAUCAUUUUCUAAAUUAAAAUUGAUAAAAAAUUACCUUAGAACUACUUUAGAUCAAGAGAAAACCACAAAUUUGGCGAUAAUAUCAAUUGAACAUGAAAUAGUAGAUGAAAUGGACUUUGAUGAUAUUAUUGAUACAUUUGCUGAUCUGAAGUCAAGAAAAAUUAAUUUUUAG